CACCACCGAUACUUACCGACAUCAAUAUUGGUAGCCUGCCCCGGAACGUCUCUUUUGCUAAUGCCUCCAUCACUGAUCACGCAUACAUCCGGCACAACUGCCAUUGGACGGUCUUGAUCUCACAGGCAGUUCCUGCGUGCGCUUUCGACUUGCAGCCAAGAGUCGCAGUCAGAGUGUUGGUAUCGCGGUCAACAUGCACGACUUUACUUCGCACGUGCUCCAAAGGUACUGGGAGGUGGUUGGAUGGAAUCCCUACAACUCUUAUUUGCACCUCACUUCUACCUCUUCAGCGGUAUUGGACUUCCCACUGCCUUCAGGGCUUAAUUUUGCAAUCAGUGCUUCGCCCAGCCCGCCUUUCUUCACUACCUAUCGUCUGCGAGCAUUGCCCCAAUUGGAAGGUUCCUUGGGCUACAUUUUUGCUUCGACCGAUGAAGAAGCACCUGCACUCGACGUUGGCAGCAGCAGAACAAUCUCUAUCAAGCGCAUGGCGCACCGCUUUAGAGUGUUGGACGCUCCUAGAGCACCUACAGCUAAAGAAGAGAUCUGGCAGGGAGGUGUGCGCGUCGACACUCGAGACUAUCUGCUUUAUGGCUCUAUGCAUGUGCCUUCGGCUCGAGUAGAUGCGCUCUACACUACCAGAAUCUCUCCUGAGAUGACUUUCUUACUUACUGGGCGCUCGUACCCCUCUCGGACGUUCCUACAGAGCAGCGAGAAAGCAGCCCAAGCUAUCGCUGGCGAUGCUGCCCAAGCGAAUCUUUCCCGAGACAAGACAGCCGGACGAAUGAAUGUUCAGCUUAUGCUGCAGAGAGAUACCGGAAAGUGGUUCACUGAAUACUCUUACAGUGCCUUCGAUGCCCUCUGGGGAUUCAGAGUGCUACACAAUUUUGGCACUUCCGGCAGCAGCGCAAGUAUCAGCGAGUCCAGUAUGCCCUCGGAGUCAAAUGGGUUACAUACGGAGGCAAUGGUGUCCAAGCGUGGCGUUGAAGAUGAUCGGGAAGGCGAAAGCGGUGUGGGCGGUGGACUCAAAGGCCGCUUCUCAGCUGGAGCAGAAAUGUUUUUUAGCGCUCGCGAAAAGAGCGCCGGGAUCUCUACCGGAGUGCGCUUCACGACCCUCCCAGAGCCGUCUACUUUACAAGCCAAUGGGGUUUCGGAUCAAGUCCCGCAACCCCCGACGACACUCACGGCUACACUCAACCCCAUGAUGGGCCACUUGUCCACUGCGUAUGCAGCGAGAAUGACCCGGGACAUUGUAGCUUGUUCGCGGUACGACUUCAACGUGUACAGCUACGACUCCGAGCUCACCGUCGGCUUUGAGUACUGGCUUCGAGCUGCGCGACAAGCUCAACAACCAGCAGCAGCAUCGCCGUUGACCAAUAGCAUGUCUCACACCGCCCAAAGGAUCAAGCAGGCCGCAUCAGACGUCAUUGGCAGCGUCAGCGACUCAGUAAAAGCAGCCAACUCCUCGCGCGAAGACUUGCCUGCUGAGCAGCCUCGGACGCGGCCAGACAAGGUGCUCUCACCCAACACACGAGACCUGUCAUUACGAGAGGGCUUUGGGCCACAGUCUGACAGAGGGCUCGGAACGGAACACUUGCCCUCUUUGCAAAAAGAGCGCCCCCAGCCUAAUUUGCGCGAACACGAGCCUCCGACGUCAGUCUCGUCUCCAACGCGGCCAAAUCCGGUAUCAUCUGGGAUUACAACCGAAGAGUCAAGCGGAGACGCUGGUCUCACCACAAGCAGCGGGACCGUUGCGCCGCUCUUGGCUUUGAUCAAAGCGCGUAUAUCCACGUCCGGUGUCCUCUCACUCUUGUGGGAAGGGCGAAUGCGAAACACUCUCCUCUCCUUUGGUAUUCGAGCCGACGUCUCACCCAGCGCUUUGGCAUCCAAUGAGAGUCGAAAUCACGGAAAUGCUCUUCGUAGCAUCGGCAUGGAGAUCACAUACUUUGCCACCGGCGAAGAAGCUAGACUGGAGCAGGAAAGGCGGAAUCGACGUCAGCAAUAGUCGCAUGACCUGCAUAUAUAGGUCAAACAUCUGAUACCCCAAAUGGCACAUAUCGUCACCGUCAUACUACCCAUGCGUUGAAGUAUGAGUGCGAGUACCUCUCUGGUCCUUUGCCACCCGUACCAGCGGCGUGCAGUCGGGCGGACGCGUGAUUCGGCGGAGUGUGGCUGGUUUCGUGGACUGGGACUCGACAAGCCCUGCAUGAUGCUGCUGCUGACCGAGUCAUGGAUGUUGCCCGCCUA